AUGAAGGUGAUUGAGAAGAUCUUACAUGUUAAGAAUUGUACGGAUGCGCAGAAGGUGCAAUUUAUGCAAUUUGGUACUCAUAUGCUUGAGAAGGAAGCUGAGGAUUGGUGCGUAACACUGUUCAGAGAAGAUGUGCGUGGGAAGAAAGAGGUAAAGUCUCUUGAGCUGAAGCAGAGUAAUGGAACUGUGGCAGAGUAUGCAGCAAGAUUUCGAGAGUUGAUUAAGUAUUGUCCUCAUUACAACAAUGCUAAUGCUGAGAGGUUUAAGUGUUUCAAAUUUGUGAAUGGUUUGAGACCUGAGAUUAAGAAGGCUAUUGGUUAUCAACAAAUUAUGCGUUUUAUUGAGUUGGUUAACAAGAGUAUCUAUGAUGAGGAUUGUAGGGAGAGUGCUGCUCACUAUAAGUCUAUGAAUGAUAAGAAAGUGAAAGACCAAUUUAGAGGAAAGUCAUAUGCCGAUAAAGGGAAACGGAAAGUUAGUUUUGACAGGAAGCCGAGUGGGGGAGGAGCUCCUACUCCGAUUAGGUGCUACAGUUGUGGUGUUGAAGGUCAUCGUGCUUAUGAGUGCACAGGUGCUGAAGUGAAAUGCUUCAAGUGUGGCAAGGUAGGUAACAAGGCUAAUGAUUGUAGAGGAGGUGCGAGUUUGACUUGCUACAACUGUGGUGAGCAAGGGAAUAUAAGUACCAAGUGUGACAAGCUGAAGAAGGAACAAGCUAAAGAGAAAGUGUUUUCUUUAUCUGGUUCCGAGACUGCUAUUGAGGAUAGACUAAUCCGAGGUACAUGUUUUAUUAAUGGUACACUUUUGAUUGAUAUUAUUGAUACUGGAGCGAUACAUUCUAUCAUUUCUUUGGAUUGUUUUAAGAGAUUGAAUCUUGUGUUGAGUGAUAUACGUGAAAGUAUGAUUAUUGAUACUACUGCUACGGGUUCAGUGACUACUUCAUAUGUGUGUUUGAAUUGUCCGUUGCGAAUUUUUGGUAGAGACUUUGAAAUUGAUCUAGUGUGUCUUUCGUUAGAUCAACUUGAUGUUAUUCUUGGGAUGAACUGA